GGAGGAGGCAGAAAUUGGCAACGGCCGCUGAGUGGGCGCCUCUACCCGACGGAGGCCGCAGAGGCGGAAGGCAGCCGGAGCCGGAGCGCCAGGCCGCGGCCGGUGUGAACCCUAAAACCUCAUUGGCAAAAUGGGGUCCGAAAGCCCAAGCCCUCAAAACCCCAGCUGCAAAAUCAUGACUUUUCGUCCAACGAUAGAGGAGUUCCGGGAAUUUGGAAAGUACAUUGCUUACAUCGAAUCCCAGGGAGCUCACAGGGCAGGACUUGCUAAGGUGAUUCCGCCCAAGGAGUGGAAGCCACGCAGGAGCUACGAUGACAUUGACAGCAUGGUCAUCCCUGCUCCCAUCCAGCAGGUGGUGACGGGCCAGUCUGGACUCUUCACCCAGUAUAAUAUUCAGAAGAAGCCCAUGCUGGUCGGAGACUAUCGGCGCUUGGCCAACAGUGAGAAGUCCACGUGGACACGGUCAAGCAGACAAGCACCAGGAGCUGUGGAGGCCCAGUUAGGAUCAGGACCACAGCGUGGGGCCGUUUUCCCUUCCAGAAAGGGCUGUGGGGAGCUGCUAUUUGCCCCCCUGCAAAAGCUUACACGUGGCCCAUCACUGCAAGUUGGUAAUUUUGCUCAAGGGGGCUCAUACUCUUCAAUCACGUCUGAUGCAGAAUCGGCAGAAGCUAAAUAGGCCAGCGUGACAAAUCAUGCAGAGAAGUAACGGGCUGCCUCCCGGGUGAGAGAGAGUUGCAGAGGAAUUCUUCUGCAUGAGUGAGUGGCUGCGUGAUCCACUUUUAUCUGGUGCGGAGAUUGGGAGGAGGCAGUGCCCAGGAGUUGUGCAGUGGCACUGUGGGAAUAAUGGCAUGGGAUUGGCUGAGAGGAGUUUUUGGUCUGGCGUAGCAUAAGGGAGCAAGACCAGCCGGGAAAUCUUUUCCAGCAGCUCUAGCAAAAAUACUUGGAAACUUUAUGGUUUCUUCUCAGAAGCUUUGGGGGUCUUACUUUGCAAGCUUUCCCCUGCCUUUUCCGUUUCCCUUUCCCUCUGCUUCACUUCUUUCUUUGCUCUCUUUGGCAUGUCAAAAGUAGCUGCCACCUCUUGAGUCUGGCCUGCUUCUUUCACUUUUUCUGCUUCCACCUCCAUGGCUUCCUCGGGCAUCUUUGCGAGUUUGGGCACGGCCGUCGCUGGCCUGGGCGGUGUCAGGGUCUCCUUCAG